GAAAGCAGACAAGGGGAGAGGGUAGGACUGAAAGCAACGAGACAUUAUGAGCCCCCAUCUGCUUGUAUGUGCAUCAAUCUCAUGACGCAGUCUCUAAGGAACAGUUCACAGCUCUAAGUUAGUAUAUUAAUACUGGUCUGGGUGAGAGCGAGGUAACUCUGAAUUAGGUCGUAGGCACCUCUGCGGCAGUUCUACAUACAGCAGUUGAAGCUAACAGCUGUGUAUAUCACAGACUCCGGUCAUCACUGCAUUCACAAAUACUACGGUGCUUUCAUCGAAGAAAAACCAAGAUAAGAAGAGGUCUCAGUUGGUUUUCAUUUAUUUUUCAUCUUCUGUACCAUGGAGUCCCUGUUGUCACCUUUUCAUGGAGGCCAAGACGGCCAUAUUUUACAAGUGGAAGAGGAACUGGUACGUAAGGGACCACGUCGCAAAAGGGAGUUCAUACCUGAGGAGAAGAAGGACGACCUCUACUGGGAGAAACGUCGGAAGAACAACGAGGCAGCCAAACGGUCACGGGAGAAGAGGAGGAUGAGCGACUACGUGCUGGAGACUCAUCUCAUGGCCCUGAAAGAUGAAAAUACCAAGCUUAGUACUGAAUUAAUGGCCAUCAAGCUGCGCUUUGGCCUGGUCCACCCUGCAGGCUACGCUGCUCACCAGAGUAACCAACUGCAACACCAUGUCCACAGCAGCACCCAGCCCACAAGCACACACCACCAGUCCCUGCAGAGAGACUACUACUGGGGUGGCAGAGACUCCUCUGUUAUGCCGAGACACCAACCACCUCACCCUGUCUUCAUCCCUGCAUAUGCCCUCCAUACCAUGAGAGGCUAUUCAUAUUUGAACACGCCUACAGGCUCUGGCCUCCUCGCUCCCCUUGUCCUCCCUCGAAAUCUCCUGCCCGUCCAUUCACCCCAUCCGGGAGCUCCCCUACUGAAGCCUAUUCCUACGAGAGCUGCCUCAGAUGAGGAGGAGGAGCAGCAGGUUCCAGGGGUGCUGUCCUCGUCCUUCCGUCCUCCACCUCGCAAAAUCACCUCCAGAGAAGACAGAAACUACUCUCCAGUAAGACAAUACAUGUCCGACUGACUGUCCAACACAGAGGGGUGUGUCUACUUGUACAGACUGAUUGACUGAGAAACAAAUUAAAGAGGACCUAUAGAGUGCUACAGGAAUGAGUCCUAAAACCUGGAAAUGAGUUCACAUUUUAGCACUUUCGGUUCCCUUGUCUUGAAGUCAAAAGGUUUUUAGUUAGAUGCCUGAAAUAAGGUCUGUGAUUAACACAAGCUUAAGAGAUUUUAACAUUUUGUUCUACAACAUAAAAUGCCUCAAUACAUACCCCACUCGUGAAUUUUGAAGCCUUUAUGUGUCUUAAAAAAGGCGGUUGCUAACAAAUGACUAAAUGAGACUACUGAACGUCAUCACGCCGACUCCGCCGCCUUUACAGCCUUUACAGCCUUUACAGCCUUUACAGCCCUGUGUAUACUUGCAUUCAUGCGACCGUGGUGUAGUUCAUUUAUAGUCUAUAGCUUUUUACUUCUGGCGAUUGUAUUAACACUUCAAAAAUCAUAAAAGUUGUGUUAUUUUGUGAAGAUUAUCUUGCUGAACAAAAUGUGUAAGUAUCAUAAAUGUGUGUUUGCCACAAAGCUGCAAUAAUCCAAAACCCAGUGGAAGAAUCCCAUUAGCUUUUUGUCGAGAGAACCCAAGGCGAUGCUAACUUCCUGGUUGGCCUACAAAAAUAUGUCAUCCCUGCAGCACUC